AUGACGCUCUUUAGAAAUCUGGCCCUUCUGGCCGCCAGUGUCGCUCCUGUCUUUGCCCAGACAUGGACGCACUGCAAUCCCACCCUGGGAGAGGAUUGCGACCCCAACCCUGCGCUAGGAACCAACUAUACCUGGCACUUCAACGAAACCAUGGACGAGAAGAUCUGGAACACCACCAACGGUGUCAUCAACUACGGCGACGAGGGCGCCGAAUUCACAAUCGCGAAGAAACUUGAGUCCCCGACGAUCCAAUCCACUUUCUACAUCUUCUUCGGCAUUGUCGAGUCGCACGUCAAGAUGGCCGCGGGGCCAGGUAUUGUCAGCAGUGUUGUCCUGCAGUCAGACGACUUGGACGAGAUUGAUUGGGAAUGGGUUGGGUACAAUACUUCGGAGAUUCAAACCAACUACUACAGCAAGGGAAUCACGGAUUAUGAGAACGGCGAGUUCUUCAAGAUCGAGAAUGCCGAUACCGAGUUUCACAACUAUACCACCUACUGGGAUCAGAACAAGAUUGAGUGGUGGGUGGACCAGAAACUGUUUCGCACGCUCACAUACGACGAGGCGAAGAACAAAACCACCGGCAACAGCACGUUCCCGCAGACGCCUAGCAAUGUCCGUAUAGGUGUCUGGCCUGCAGGUGACCCCGAUAACGCACAAGGAACAAUCGAAUGGGCUGGAGGCCCCGUCAACUACGAUGAUGGACCGUUUACCAUGGUUGUUUCUCAAGUCCGCGUGCACGACUUCCAUACUGGAAAAGAAUAUGAAUACGGUGAUGACUCUGGUCUAUGGGAAAGCAUCAACGUGAUUUCAGGUAACUCGACUACGCUGGAGGAAAUCAACAAGCCCCCACCAAAGUCCCUGGCCGACAAAUGGAACGAAUUACCUAGCGGUGCAAAGAUCGGCGUGUACUGCGGUGCUGCAGCUGCCGGAGCGAUUCUCAUCGCCUUGUUCAUCUUCUUCUUUAUCCGGCAACGCAAGAAGGGCCGCCUCGAGAACGCCCUCGACGACGCCAAGUGGAACACCGAACGCAAUGAAAUGAACAACUUCCAAACCAACUGGAAGCAGAGCGAAUGGAAGCACGGAGGGUACCAACCCGUACAGUAG